AUGUUUUGGAAGACCGUAAGUAGAAUUCGGGCUAAAGUUAAAACUCAGCAAAAAGAGGGGGCCACAUUGGAUACAAGUAGUGAAAAGUUUGGCAGAACCAACAACACAAUAAUACCAUUUGAUGAAAGAAGAUUCCAAGCCUUAGAAAACUCCAAAAAGACAAGUCAACAGGCAGUUGCAAAUGUCAUGGGUGUUAGCCAAUCAACUGUAUGGAGAUGGAAAAAAAAGAAACACAUACGCAAGCAUACAAAUGCAACCAAGCCACUGCUAACUGACACUAAUAAGAAUGACAAGUUACUCUUUUGUAUUUCUAGUUGCAUUUAUGAUGAGCAAACAAAUGCUUUCAAAUUCAGUGACAUGUCUAACAUAGUUCACAUAGAUGAAAAAUUGUUCUAUCUCACUAUAACACAAAAAACGUACUAUCUUACCCCAGGAGAACCUGAGCCACAUAGGAAAAUACAGUCAAAAAGAUUCAUUCCCAAAAUUAUAUUAAUGUGUGCGGUUGCUAAACCGAUGUACUCUAAUGAAGGUGAACUAAUUUUUGAUAGAAAAAUAAUUAUCUUUCCUUUUACAGCUCAAGUGCUAGCACAAAGAAGAUCCAAAAACAAGAAUAGAGGGGAACCAGAAACUAAACUCAUUCAAUCUAUAACAAAGAGACACAUAAGGUCAAUACUAAUUGACAAUAUCUUACCGGCUAUUAGAGAAAAAUGGCCAGAAGGAGCAAGCAAAACAAUUUACAUUCAACAGGAUAAUGCAAAACCACAAAUUCUAGACAAUGAUCCUGUAACACCCUGA